AAUCUUAAAAAAAUGUCAGUUUUACUCUGCUUCAUCUUUCUCUUCUUCUCAUCUGCUUCUGCAGCUUGUAACCAAUGUGUGUUUGCAAAAGCUGCUUUCUUUGCUAGCUCUAAACCUCUAUCUGGUGGAGCUUGUGGCUAUGGUCCUUUAGCUCUGUACUUCAAUGGUGGACAUAUUGCUGCGGCUCUUCCGUUUAUUUAUAAGAAGGGUGAGGGUUGUGGUGCUUGCUUUCAGAUGAGAUGCAAGAAAGUUGGUGUUUGCAGUACAACAGGCACAACCAUAGUUGUAACUGAUAUCCACACCGAUAAAAGCAACACCACAGAUUUUGUGCUGAGUAGCAGAGCUUUUAGGGGUAUGGCCUUGCCUGGCAAGGACACACAACUUGAACAAAUCGGGAUUGCAGAUGUCGAAUAUAAGAGGGUGCCCUGUAAUUACAAAGGUCAAAACUUGUCUAUCCGAGUGGAAGAGUUCAGCAAACCUCCUAAUUAUCUGGCAAUCAAAAUCCUCUACCAAGGAGGUCAAACCACUAUCCUAGGAGCUGAAGUUGCUUCUGUUGAUAAACCAAGUAACUGGAUUUCCAUGAGCCGGAAUUAUGGAGCAGUCUGGGACACAAGCAAGGCUCCAACUGGUAAACUGAUGUUCAGGUUUAUCACCAACUCAGGCUUCGAUGCACAGUAUUUCUACACCAAUGAAGUUCUCCCAGCGAACUGGAAGGCUGGUGUGAUAUAUUCCUCUAAAGUGCAAAUAAAAAACAUUGCAUUAGACGGUUGCACUCCUUGUAAACCAUGGAAAUAAAUCAUGUCCAUGGCCGCCUUGAUAUGCUCUUAGUACAAGUGUUGUGUAUCAGAAGAUUUUCGAGCUGAAAACUGUAGCCAAGAUAUUAAAAUAGAAGAGUGGGUUUCAUGUCAUAGAGUCAUGGUUGUUAACUGACUUUGUAUGUCUAUUGUCUAAUGUCUGCAAUGAAACUCAAAUAUACUCUUUUGUGUUCCUAAA